AUUGCUGGAUGUUUUGCACUGAGAGAAACUACACAACAUACCAACAUUUUGGAGAAUAGCAGACUGUCAAAGACUGAGAAAACCACUGCUUAUGUCAUAACAAACCAGUCAGAGAUAAAUAGUGGUGUUCACAUUGUUACUUUAUAUUACAGAAAUUGCUUUCAGUAGCACCGCUGUACAAUAGCAAAUGCACAAUAUUAUGCAUAUUUCUUUUCUAAAUGAUUAAUAAAGUAUUUCUCUACGAAGACCGUUCCACACAUGUGUCUUCCUCUGACUCGAUGACAUAAAUCUGACGUAGGCAGUAAGCAUGGGAGGAAGUUUUAAAAAGAGGAAGCAUGUCCUAACCUACAUCCUGUGUUUUGUAAGCGCUAUCUGACGCACAGCUCUCGCUCUUGAGCAUUACUAUGACUUAUUUACCAGCGGCUGUCAUUUUACCAGGAUGCCUUUUACUCUUUUUUCAGGUGUGCUGGUCUAGCUCUCACUUCUCACCUAGUGCAGAUGUGAGAUGUAUCAGUACGGAUCAUGAAGUCAACAUCAGCUGUUUGAUCAUCAAUCUGGAGUACGUUGAAUGCAGCUGGAGAAAAUUCCAGAUGCAGCAGACAAACUACAGCUUCAGCAGUGUAUUUUUGUAUAAUUCCUUUCGGGAGUGUCCGGAGUACCUCUGGGAGCACGGUCAGCGCGUAGGCUGCAGGAUCCCUCUUGAUAAUCCAACACAGAGAUUUGGACCUUUCAAUACAGUGCUCUCUGUUGGAGGAAAUCAGUCAGUUUGUAAAAAUUACGCCGAUCUAAAACAAAGAGUGAAGCUCAACCCUCCCUAUAACCUCUCUGUGAACUCGACUAGUAGAGAAGGAGAGGUCUGUGUGCGCUGGACAUGGAGUACCAAUAUCAAGCAGAAUUGCCUGGACUAUACAGUACGCUAUCGGAAAGCCUCCGGUCCUUGGAAGAGUUCCUCUUUAGACCACGUGUCUCCUCUCUCCAGUGGAGUCGACUAUACGUUCCAAGUCAGAAGCAGAUUGACAGAUUCCUGCGGUGGUUCUGAAUUUUGGAGUGAUUGGAGCGAUCCAGUACAAUGGAACGACAACCAAGUUGUAUCGACUACAACACAGACUCCGGUGUACUGGCAUGUCCUGGGCUCAUUUCUGGGAAUCGUUGUCCUCAUCAUCCUUUCUACAAUGUUGUAUUAUAGUGAACGGAUUAGAGUUGUUUUCGUUCCUGUGGUACCUGACCCAAGCAAGAGUCUGCAGGAUUUAUUCAAGAAACAUAACGGCAAUGUUGAGAGCUGGGUUUAUAUCUCCAAAGACCUGAAGGAUGCUUUUGAGCCAGAUUACACUGAGUCUCCGUGUGUUGUAUGUGACCCAAGUCCCACUUCAGAGACGAAAACCGAGGCUGGUCCUACGGAGCAGUCCAUCUCCUAAACCUAUACUGUACUUGUAUGCUGUACUCUGAUUGCUGUUAAUGACCACAAGCCAAGUGGAUGAUUUACCUUUACUUCAUUUACUCUUUUGUUUUAUUCAAAAGAGACUUACAACUGAAACAAGAUCAUAUUUCAUAUUUUUUGACACUGAACAUUAGUUGACCCAGUCUUUAUAAAUAAACCCGAUUGUGCUACUUGAAGAUCAUCCAAGUGUAUUUUGGCAGUCUUGAAUGCUCGUGUUCUUCAUUCUGCCUUUCUUGGAUUCCAACGAGUUCCUUUUCUGUUCAGCAAGCUUCUGAUGGUGAAACACAACCUAAGCUAGAGUGAAUGGAGGUCUGCUCUAGGAAAAACCUUUAUAUCUGUCAGUAGCAGGUUUUUAAAAGGCUUCAUUUUGCUUGAUUUAUGAUCAGAUGUUGUCAUGUCAAUAUACUUUAUUUUGGAACAACUAACUUUUUUUCCCCUUCAUUUGGAUUUUGAAGUCAAGCCUGACAACAGUGCAGGUUUUAAUCAUAUUUGGAGGUCAAAUCUUACCUUUAAGGGAGGGUAGAUAACCGUACAACUCAAGCUGCUGCUUUUAUUUCUUGUAGUUUUAAAACAGGCCGAGGGUGACAAUCUGGGCCUGGGCCUGGCCCUAUUUUAACCUUCUGGCUGCCUUAAGGCAUCACUCAGGUUCCUCUAUAUAGAGGUAAUAUGUUUGUUCGGCUAAAUAUUAAGACCUCUCUAAAUAACACUAUAACUGAUCAGGGAUUUAGUAUACGUUUUAACAGAAACUUAGGAUUAGUCCAAAUAAUUAUGUAGCCCUUAUCCAAAUUAGCCAUAGAAAUGAGUUAUAAUGCUUCUCUCUGCUUUACACAGAUAUCUGGAUAUGAAUUUUAGCUUCUUUUUUUCCAUCUCAAUUUUAACAUAAACAUGACCACAAUACAAAAAAAAAACUAUUUUGAAACAGAAAAUUUCAUUCAUUUUAUUAGGAAUCUGAAUUUCUACAGGAAGACCAUCUCGGACCAUCUCAGGAAUCUAGCUGUCUCAGUUGAAACAGUAGAAAGUUCAAUAUAAAUUUUGACCAGAAUAUAAAAGGACUUUUUGGUAAACAAUCCCCGGAGAAAGUCAGACAGUAGAAAAUGAGUAGUGAGUGUACGCCUUUUCAACGUUAGUGCAGAUAGUGCUGUGGUUUAUCUGUGAAAGGUAGAGGAUGUGUGCCCUAGAACCGGGUGGUGGGUGGGGGACCUCCAAAGGGUCUGAAUACACGUCCGAGGAUGUCACUAAACCAUAAUCUGAUCUUGUUAAGGCAGUUCAUUCUUUUUGGUCUAAAUCUGUAAAUAGUUUAUUAAAUAACUUUAGAGUACUGGCGAAAUAUGUUUGAGCAAGGUAUGGGUAGAGUACUGGUGUUAGUGAAAGAGCUUUGACCAGCAAAUCAACACUGUGGGUCAAGAUUAGAUUUUAGACAUUUCUUUCAUUUCAGGAUUUGAAAAAAAAAAAAAAACAA